AUGCUUAGUGAGGGGGAGGAAACAACUUUACUAGCGGUUGCAUUGGCUGGUGAAGAAACCUACUGGCUUUGUCAACCGAUUCACGGGAAGCGACUUCCACCCGAGUGGAAGCACUGCACGUGUCACUGGCUUUAUAUUGUGGAUGAUGCGGAUGUACGUAGCCAUUUCCCUUGGUACACGGAUAGCCUGGGUGUUGUGCUAGAAAUUGGUGUAAACGAAACGUCAAAGAUUGAACGUUUUGCGGUGAUAUCUGAUUCUGUGAAAGCGAAAAAAAUUGUUACUGGCCAGGGAGAGGAUGCUAAGGAAUACUUUAUUCUUGGAAACGAAGAACGAGAUAUACUGGAUGCCAGAUUUGAAGAACUCUUGAAGCGCGAGUCGACCGUUUCCACGAGCAAAGCUUCUGUAGAUGGAGUUGAUGAUAAACCACCAGAGGAAGGACGACAUGUCGUUUCUAGCUCUGCUAUGGAGGGGACAAAUGGUGUGCGAGGAGGGAACGGCGUAGUUUUUGCAUGGAAUAGAUUUUAUAUUGUGGAGUAUGGAAAUCGCGUAUUCUACGUGUGUUCGGCUCCUCAUGGUAAUAAGCAUGGGUUUAAGGUAGAAAGACUCAUUCGCAAAGGAAUAACUAUAUUUUUACUGUUUCAGGAUAACGGUGCUGGUCCCUGUAGAGUGAGUGAAUUACAAGAGGGGGAGAGGGCCACAGUGAGCUCUGUCCUGGAAGGAGAACGAGGUAAAGUGAUGGUUUUGAUGACGGAAGGGCGUGAGGUGGCUCCCGGGAGGAUUAGAGAAGAAUCUUUGGAGUGCACCGUGUUUGGGCCUCCAACAAAGACUGCGAGAAAGGAGAAUUCAAGAGCAAAUUGUUCUCACCGUAGGCCUCUGCGAGCAGCUGGUGUAAAUUUAUGGGUUGAUGUUAAUGGUUCUGCAGAAGGGGUAAUGAAUCUGGCGGAAUUGUUUCCUUUUUCAUCCGAGUUUGGAGGAUCAGUGCGCACAACGGUUUUUUCCGACGGAACUUGUGUGACGUACAAUCUGGCGACAGCUUCAAAGUUUGCUGGGAAAAAGAAAGUUGCCGCCACGUCGACAGAUUGCGACAUGGUUGAGCUUCUGGAGAAUAUCCAGUUGGCGAAGGAACAGUUGAACGCCAUAUGA